AAUUGCCUUCGAAAACUGCCGCGAUCAGUGUCACCCCUGGUAUGGUCCUAGAAUACCUAUCAGCAACCCGAUUUUGGUCCCAAAUGGGUUCACGCUCGCUGUCAUCGGAAUUUCGAGAUGAGAUGGUGACAGGGACUUCUGAGCAAACAAAGCUCUUCCUUGCUGCUAAAGAACAAUACACAAGGCUUGUGCAAUGUGAGAAAAAGUGCCUUUGGUUUGAGCAGAACCGAGCAUCAUCCACCGUGCACCUUCCUAAUGCCCGAUGGCAACGCCUUAUCACCCUACACUUGAUUCUUCUUUACGAGCAUGAACGCUUUUUCCUUAUGUGCCAGCAUCCAUCCGCCAACCCGAGUAUCAGAGAUCUUCCUGAGAAAUACGCCAUGCCUGGUCGAAUGUGGCGGUACGGAAUUCGUUCUUUGUUGGAUAUUCUACAACAGAACCUCCCACAAACUUUAGGGUACAUUAUCUUCUUCAUCGAAACCGUCUCGUCAAUCCUGAAGCAGUUAGUCCUGACUAAUUCAGCACUUGGGGACUCAUUGUUUGAACAGCUGGGUGACCUGGCACUCUAUCGUGCGGUUGUGGAAAAGUCGGAUAGGAAAGAUUGGGAAGCCAUACCAAGGUAUUGGUACCAAAAGGCCGCGGACCGAAAUCCCGAUAGUGGGCAACUCCAACAUCGUCUUGCGGCUUGCUCACGAUCUGAUCCCCUUAAGGCCCUCUUUUAUCUUACCAAGGCAUUGAUCAGUGUCCAGCCAUUCCCCCACAGCCGGGUAACUGUUGGCCGUUUCUUCGAUCGCUGGGACACUUUGGCACUUCAACAUAACACCAUGGCCACUUCAUUCAUCGCUGCGCAUUAUGUGCUACUUACGGGUGACCCGGAUGGGCAGUUUAUGACUUUGGCAAAUGGCUUCUUGUCGCUCUUACCAUCGUACAUUCAAAAAUAUGAUUACAAAGGACAACACAUAGUGUACAUCAUGUCCUGCAAUUUUGCCUCUGUACUUCGUUACGGCGAACUUGCAUUUACGACUGUGGUAUUCCCCCAAAGCGAGAGUGGCCGUACUCACCAUGCGAAUAAAUCGGGCCAAGCAGAUGGAAUUUACCUUACGUUUGAAACUCUCUCGGUCCUUCUUCGGUAUAGUGGCAGCCACGACACAGUCCCAGGGAUCCAUAUCUGUCUGGCAUUUCUCUGCAUCUCCGUUCAUCGUCCUUUCAUGGAAAAUCUGGGAACAACGGUUCCUUGGAGAGCAAUCACUAGAUUUCUCAAUGGCCUUUUCACGCCCGAUGCUGCUUUUCUGAAGAUCGAAGAGGAGUCUUUCCCAAUUGGGGACGAUGGAGCAGCUCCAUGGCUACCGGAAGAUUAUCUGAUAUGCGGUCAAGUGUGGAGUCAAUCAUAUUACCCGACCCUUUUUUCAAGGAUGGACUAUGGUACGGAGUUUCAAAUGAUGAGGUGGAAACAAGAAGACACAGAUGCCUCUGGCUAG